GUUCUGAAUCCGCCAGAGCCAAGCUUCUCUCUCUCUCUCUCUCUCUCUCUCCCGCUGCCCCUUGGUCAAGUCUCUGAAGCAUUCGCUUCUUUGCUUGCUGCGAAGGACCUCCUGCUUCACUCUCCUUCCUCACUUCAAUCCCCACUGCAUCGCAUCCCGAAGAUCAGGUGCUCCUAUGGCUUCCGCGCAGAAGGAUGUGCCUGCUGCUGCUGGCAAAAAGCCAGUUUCAACAGAGAACAAAAGCUCCAAACCCGAAACAACAGAGAACAAAAGUCCCAAGCCUGAGGCAUCUUCUGGAGACUCACUGUCAGGACAACCAGGGGCUACCCCUUUCCAAAUUCCAGAGGCUGGAUUUCCUCCCAAUCCUUUUGAUUUCUCAGCCAUGACUGGCUUGCUGAAUGAUCCUAGCAUUAAGGAAUUAGCUGAACAGAUAGCAAAGGAUCCUUCAUUCAACCAGAUGGCAGACCAACUUCAGAAAACUUUUCAAGGUGUGUCAGUUGAUGAAGGUGUCCCUCAGUUUGAUAGUCAACAGUACUAUUCCACCAUGCAACAGGUUAUGCAGAAUCCUCAGUUCAUGACCAUGGCUGAGCGCCUUGGUAGUGCAUUGAUGCAGGAUCCAUCUAUGAAUACCAUGAUUGAGAGUUUCGCCAAUCCCUCGAACAAAGAUCAGCUUGAGGAACGCAUGUCACGUAUCAAAGAAGAUCCUUCUUUGAAACCUAUUUUGGAAGAAAUAGAAACUGGUGGUCCAGCUGCGAUGAUGAGAUACUGGAACGAUAAAGACGUUUUGCAGAAGUUGGGAGAAGCAAUGGGUCUUGCAGUUGGGGAUGCAGCUACUUCUACUGAAGCACCAGAAGAAGCAGAAGAUGCCGGAAAUGAGGAUGAAUCAAUUGUUCAUCACACUGCUAGUGUUGGUGACGUGGAGGGUUUGAAAGCUGCCUUAGCAUCUGGUGCUGACAAGGAUGAGGAAGAUUCAGAAGGGAGAACGGCAUUACAUUUUGCAUGUGGAUAUGGUGAGGUGAAGUGUGCUCAAGCUCUUCUUGAGGCUGGAGCAAGAGUCGAUGCUCUUGAUAAGAACAAAAACACCGCACUUCAUUAUGCAGCCGGUUAUGGUAGGAAGGAAUGCGUGGCACUUCUACUUGAGAAUGGCGCAGCUGUCACUCUCCAGAACAUGGACGGCAAAACCCCGAUUGACGUUGCCAAGUUGAACAACCAAAAUGACGUACUAAAGUUGCUCGAGAAGGACGCCUUCCUGUAAUUCUUCAUAAAGUUGUGGUUGGCAUAUGCUUACGGUUGUUUCAUGUUAGGCAUAUGCCGAUUUGGAUUCAGUCUACUUGGACGAUUGGAUCGGCGUGAGGAGGAUAUAAGCAGCCCCAUACCUUACUGCUUUGUCUAUGUUAUGUUUACCUUUUAUGAUUCCUACGUCGCUAGAAUGUGUUAGUAACAACCUAAAACAUUUUGAUGGGAGACAUGGAACGUGUUGUGUGGCGUAUGACAUGUAGCUUUCGUUGUUAUUUUGGGAUUUCAUUUCUCAUUGGUGAAAGAAAAAAUGAAGAUGGUGAUUGAUUGCUUAUCAAA